CUCUUUCAGCUGAGUCAUCUCCACUCAAUAAUCAAGACUGCACCUGCUGCUGUCCUCGUCGUUGUCGGUGCUCACCAGAGGUCCGGAGACCGCCCUUCCUUCCUCCCAUUUACGAAAAUGCAGCAGCAACGUGCUCAGGCGCUUAGGAGGAUCCUGGAGUCCCCUGGAGUCUUCCAUGGACCUGCUUGCUUCAAUGCUUUGAGUGCCAAGCUGGUGGAGAAGGCUGGGUUCAAGUGCUGCUUCACGAGUGGGUUCUCUAUAUCUGCUGCUCGGUUGGGCUUGCCGGAUGUGGGUCUGAUUUCUUAUGGUGAAAUGUUAGAUCAGGGGUAUAAUAUCACUCAAGCUGUUUCAAUUCCUGUGAUUGCGGAUGGUGAUAAUGGUUAUGGCAAUGAAAUGAAUGUCAAGAGAUCAGUGAAAGGCUUUAUUCAGGCUGGUUUUGCCGGGGUUUUUCUUGAAGAUCAGGUGUUACCAAAAGCUUGUGGUCAUACCCGAGGAAGGAAGGUUGUUUCAAGGGAGGAGGCAGUGAUGCACAUAAAAGCAGCAUUGGAUGCUCGAGAAGAAAGUGGUUCUGACAUUGUGAUCAUAGCACGAACUGAUGCUCGGCAGGCUAUAUCUUUGGAAGAAGCAUUGUGGAGAUCAAGAGCCUUCGCUGAUGCGGGAGCUGAUGUUCUUUUCAUCGAUGCACUUGCUUCAGUGGAAGAAAUGAAGGCUUUUUGUGAUGCUGUUCCUCACCUUCCAAAAAUGGUUAACAUGCUUGAAGGUGGAGGGAAGACACCCAUUCUGAGCCCCACUGAACUUGAGAAGAUUGGGUUUAAACUUGUGUGCUAUCCCUUAUCCUUGAUUGGGGUGUCUAUUCGUGCAAUGGAGGAUGCACUUGUUGCAAUAAAAGGUGGCAAUGUUCCUCCUCCUGGACAGCUGCCAACAUUUGAAAAAAUCAAGGAUACGGUUGGCUUCAAUGACUACUACAAAGAAGAAGAGCGCUACCGUGUCGGUUCCUCUCCUAACUCUUCUUAAAGAAGUUGAUAUUGUGCAAGAUCAACUUGGUGUUGCAGUGCUUGCCCCAGAUGUUCCUAUUAAAUCUAGUCUUAAGUUGAACUUUUCAUUAUCAAGCUUGUCUCUGCCUUAAGUUUAAAUCUUGUUUGAAGUGAAUAAUGAUGGUAAGGUUUUAUGGAUUUGGUGUGAACUCCAUGUAACCUUAUUUGUGUUUGUGACUGGUUUAUAAUUAAAAUUAAAUUUGGAAGUGUUUUAUUAA